GGUGGAAAAUGAUUGUGCUUGGUUUUCAUGAUAAGUUUCCACAUGUGACGUUUUCAAGAGGACAAAUACAAGAUAAAGAAAAGGAGCUUAAGAGAGAUUACAGGUGCUUGAAAGAUGCAAGAUCACAAAGUGGAGUUUCUUGGGAUGAUAAGCUUGGGAUGAUUGUUGCUGAUGACCCUACAUUAUGGAGUAAUAUCUGUUUUUCUUUUCCUCCAGCUAAGAAGUUCCGCAACAAACCUUUUCCUAUCUUUGAAGCUUUAGGGGAGUUAUAUGAUGGUCAAACUGCUGAGGGCCUCUUAAGCUUCACAUCCCUUCAGCCAACAAAUACACAAGAUCAAACAACAAACCCACAAGAUGAUGUUGUUACAGAAAUAGGUGCUGAUGAGUUUGAGAAUCAGGAUGACAUGACCAAUGAUGAUCCAACCACAACAAGUGAGCAUAUAGAAGUGGAGGCAUCAACUCAAUUCAAUGAAAGACAAUCCGCCAGUACUUCAAGAAAUAGGCCCCUUGAGGAUAAAAGACAGAAGAACCCCAAAAGACGCAAGCAAAAUGGUAACGUGGCUGAAAUGAUGGAGAAGUAUAUAGAGCUACGACAUAAACAAGUUGAGGAUGAAAUGGCACGGGAGAAAGAGCUUGCGAAGCAAGUUGAUGAAUAUUCAAUCAAGAAUUGUAUCGCUGUCUUGAGCACAAUGAAAGAACUAUCCCCUGAGGAAACUGCACAUGCAUUUAAUGUUUUCAAGGAUACUCAGAAUAGAGAGAUCUUCAUGAGUGUUGAUCCGACGUCUAGAAUUUUGUAGCUGAGACUUUAGAUGGGUCAAUAUACAUGAGAUUGGACUUUUUUGUGAGGUAAUGGAGAUACUACUAUAGGGUGAAGAACGAAUGCUAAAACUAGGAAAUAUAGGAAGCUUUGAGCAACUCUUGUAGCAAAAUCUUCUUCGGUUCUUAAUAUUAUGGACAAAAUUAGAUUUUGAAAGUUGGUUCCUAAAUGUAUUGGGUAUUAAUUCACGUGUUGUGGAUUCUGGGAAUGUGGAAUUCACUACUUGUGGAUUCAGGGAUUGCACCAAUCUUGGUCUCUAUUAGCAUGUACUUUGUUUAGUACUACAAUAUUCAU